GAGAGAGAUGCGCUUCCGGGGUGCAGCAGGCAGGAUGUGUAAGUGGGAGCGGGAUCGCCGGAGGACGACAGUGGGUCCUGUGGCGGAGAGCGGACCCUCCUAGGGCAGGGAGAAUGGAGAUACUGUGUGACGACGGAGAAUAUAAACCGAUUGGUAAAAUAGGCGAGGGAACAUUUUCUGAUGUUCUGAAGACACAGAGUCUUAGGGAUGGAAAUUACUAUGCAUGCAAACAAAUGAAACAGCAUUUUGAAAGUAUCGAGCAAGUGAAUAGUCUGCGAGAAAUACAAGCACUGAGGCGACUGAAUCCACAUCCUAAUAUCCUUAUGUUACACGAGGUGGUUUUUGACAGAAAAUCUGGCUCUCUUGCACUAAUAUGUGAACUUAUGGACAUGAAUAUUUAUGAGCUAAUAAGAGGGAGGAGAAAGCCAUUACCUGAAAAAAAAAUAAUGAACUACAUGUACCAGUUAUGCAAGUCCCUUGAUCACAUGCACAGAAAUGGAAUAUUUCAUAGAGAUGUGAAACCAGAAAAUAUAUUAAUAAAGCAGGAUACCCUGAAGUUAGGAGACUUUGGAUCUUGUAGGAGUGUAUAUUCCAAGCAGCCAUAUACAGAAUAUAUCUCUACACGGUGGUACCGAGCACCUGAGUGUUUGCUCACAGAUGGCUACUAUAGCUACAAAAUGGACAUGUGGAGCUCUGGCUGCGUUUUCUAUGAAAUCACAAGUUUCCACCCUCUCUUUCCUGGAUCUAAUGAAUUGGACCAAAUAUCAAAAAUCCAUGAUAUUCUAGGCACCCCUGCUAAGAAAACUCUUAAUAAAUUCAAACAGUCAAGAGCUAUGAGUUUUGAUUUCCCCUUUAAAAAAGGGACAGGACUAUCUCCACAUGUGCCUAAUAUCUCCCCCAAGAGCCUCUCCCUUAUGUAUGCGAUGAUAGAAUACGAUCCUGAUCAGAGAAUUGGUGCCCACCAAGCACUACAUCAUCCUUAUUUUCAAGAGCUGAGAACAGCAGAGAAGCAAGCUGUAACCAUGGACAGAAAAAUGAGAUUAGCAGAAAACAUAGUGGGACAAGAAUCUAUCAACUUGUGGUGUAUUCCAAAGGAUGUUAAUAGGCAGCACUCUCUUAGGAAAACCCAGGAGAAUCCAGUAAGACAUCAUGGACCUUCCUAUGCAAUAGAAUUGCCAAAACUGAAUGUUUCUGGAGUAACCAAGUUGACUUCUUAUCCUAGUCCUUCAUUUCAUUCGGUUUUUACUACACCUGCAACAAAUGGUGAAGUCCCUGUGUUACAACCUAUUAAAUAUAUUGGGACAAAUCACAAGUCUGAAAAACAGAAGGAGCUUAAGUCUUCUAUGAAACAAUACCACUUACCCACUAUAGAAAGAAGAGGUGGAGGAUAUUGACCAGCUUGUCAAAUAUUUGGAAUAACCAAAUGGAGUUCAGCUAUGGAAGAUAUCUUAUAGCUAUGUUAGGACUGGAUUUUUCAAGUUCUGGAUAUUCCUAAGUGGGAAGCUUUUCCUGACAUAUAUGGAGGUACUUAAGAUAAUUUCUGUAUAAUGAGCUGUGCACUUAAAAAAGAGUCUAGCCUUUAUGGUUGUAAAAGUUACGCUGUUCACAUCUGGAAAAUUAAUGGAUGUCUUCCUGUUUGAAAAACCGCUCCAGUGCCUCUGCUGCUCUUCAGAGCUUUUCCAGGCUGCAGCAGAGUGAAAUCAUUAAGAGCCCAGUCAGUUUUACAGCUGCUAGUCAGAACUUAGUGGACAGCAGUUAAACUUAAGUCACUUCAUGUUGGUGCUGCUGAGGCACUCAUUGGAGUUGAUGGGAGAACACCCCAGACCCAGUCUACACUAGAAAGCUUUGCCAGCAUAGUUAUGUCAGGUAGGAGAGUGGGGCAGAGGGGAGAAUCCCACCCCCUAAUCAAUAUAGUUAAACCACCCCCCCUACCGUUCCCCCUGUAGACACAUCUUAUACUGACAAGAGGAGUCCUUUUGCCAGUAUAGCUUAUGUUCGGGGCAGGCGGUUUAACUAUACUGCCAAAAGAACUCCUUUUGCUGAGUAGGCACUACAUCUCCAGUACGGGGCUUUGUAAGUAUAGCUACACCAUACGCGAUAGCCUUUGUGAUGUAGAGUAGUCCCCGGAGAGAUGUAGAGUAGUGAAGACCUCUUUUCCCCAUGUUUUAUCAGACAUCAACUAGCUAAAGUUCAAUACAAACAAUGGAGCCAUUAGUCAAGAUCCAGGAACAGCACCCUGGUAGAAAUCCCAACAGCUCAUGUGUCGGGGCAGUAGGCUUCUCAUCAAGGUGUUGCCUUUAGGCCUCACAGCGAUGGUGCAGUUUUAAUGCCCAGGAAAUGCGUGGACCUUACAGGCUUCAUUUGUUAAUGUAUACAUUGUUUUAGAACGUAAUGGUCUGUGUGGGUAACUAAUUCUUAGGUAAUUGUUGUUUGGUAGUAAGGAGUGUGCUGGUCACCCUAAAUCUUUGUUGCCUUAUUGCUUAUAGGAAGUAGAAUGGCACUGUUAGCACUAGAUGGUUGGUCACUUUAUUAGAAAAAAACAUAAGCCAAACUACACCCAGCUUUCUCAUAAAAGGACAUGAAAUGUGAAGAUAAAUUAAAUCCAGUCAGACUCAGUGCAGUGCUUGUCUGCAUGUACAGCACUGCAGCUGCACGAGUGCAGCUAUGUCACUGUAGCACUUUAAUGAAGAUGCUACUACGCUGACGGGAGAGGGGAGAGCUUCUCCUAUCAGCGUAGUUAGCUACCAACUCUUGCAGAGGUAGAUUAUGUCAACAGAAGCUCUCCCAUCAACAUAGCACUGUCUAUGCCAGCCAGUAGCUCAGUAUAACUAUGUCACUUGAGUGUGGAUUUUUCACACCCCCUGAACAACACAGUUAUACUGAUGUAAGUUUGUAGUGUAGACCUGACCUAAGCAAAUCAGUCUACAUACAGCUAAAAUGGUGCUGUAGUUUGCCCUAACUUCCAGAAUUUUUUUCACAAGUUGUUUGGUAUUUGAAAGUUAGGCUGUUAUAAAAUCAACACGUCUCACUUUGAAAAUAAGAUGCUGUGACUAACUUUAUUUUUCAUUAAAAUCUCAGCAUGUGUCAUUCUCUCUACUAACCACAUAGAUGUCAGAAGAGAGUUUGGCAGUGAUACACUGCUACCUCGA